UCUGUCUCGUCCCACUCACACUCUCUGUGAGAGCGCGGCGUUGACAGCCACUGGCCACUGAUCAGCCCACUUUGUCGGGGUUUGUGUCUCCAUGCAAGACUGCUGAAAGAAGCUCUGACUCUCGCGUUUUCUUUUAUUUGCAAGGCAAGCACACGCAGCCAAAACAGCGAGCCCGUCCACGGCAACAAAAAGCACAAGAAGAAGUGAAAAGCCUCCAAGUGUUUUUCUAGACUCACCAGUGUCUCACAGCUCCCUGCACAAUGUCUGGAGAGGACGCACCUGCCCAGCAGCAAAACGCCGUGGACCAGAAGCAGGAGACCAAACCAGCGGAGGAGCCCAAAGCCGACCCGCCCAAGACGGAGUCUGCUCCCGCCGGCGCCGCCGAAGCAGCGGCUACCCCCGCGGCGGCCACCGAGAAGGUCCCCGAGGAGGAGGCGUUCACCUACCGCGCUCUGGUGCUCACCGGCUACGGCGGCUAUGAUAAAGUCAAGCUGCAGGUGAAGAAAGGCAAGCCGGCGCUCAAGGCCGGCGAGGUUCUGGUGCGGGUCAAGGCUUGCGGGCUGAACUUCGCCGACUUGAUGGCCCGGCAGGGGCUGUACGACCGGCUGCCGUCCCCGCCGGUCACCCCGGGGAUGGAGUGCUCCGGGGUGGUGGAGGCUGUGGGGGAAGAAGUGACAGACAGAAAAGUCGGCGAUAAGGUGAUGGUGCUGAACCGCUUCGGGCUCUGGCAGGAGGUGGCUGUGGUGCCAGCGAGCCACACCUUCCUCAUCCCGGAGGGCAUGAGCUUCGAGGAGGCGGCAGCCCUUCCCGUCAACUACAUCACCGCCUACAUGAUGCUGUUUGACUUCGGCAACCUGCGGCCCAACCAGAGCGUCCUCAUCCAUGCUGCUGCAGGUGGUGUAGGUAUCGCUGCCACCCAGCUCUGCAAGACAGUGAAGGAUGUGACUGUGUUUGGGACUGCAUCAGCCAGCAAGCAUGAGACCAUCAGCGAGGGCGGAGUCACGCAUCCCAUCGACUAUCGCACCAAGGACUAUGUGGAGGAAGUCCGCAAGAUCAGUCCGAAGGGGCUGGACAUAAUACUGGACCCUCUCGGAGGAUCCGACACCCAUAAGGCCUAUAACCUGCUGAAGCCUAUGGGCAAACUGAUCACCUAUGGUACGGCUAACAUGCUGGCGGGCCAGAAGAAGAACCUGCUCGCCGUGGCCAAGAACUGGUACCACCAGUUCUCCAUCCACACACUCAGCCUGAUCCAGGGGAACAAGUCUGUGUGCGGCUUCCACCUGGGCUAUCUGGACGGGGAGACGGAGCUCAUCACGCAGGCCAUGACUACCAUCCUGGAUCUGUACAAGGAGGGCAAGGUCAAGCCCCGCAUCGACUCCACUUGGCAUCUUGAGCAGGUGGGCGAUGCCAUGAGAAAGAUGCAGGAGAGGAACAAUAUCGGCAAAGUGAUCCUCACCACAGAGCCAAUGCCCGAGGAGGAGAAGAAAGAGGAGCCCAAGAAGGAGGACAAGAAAGAGGACAAGAAGAAGGAUGACAAGAAGAAGGAUGACAAGAAGAAGGACGAUGCCAAGAAGGAAGAGAAGAAGGACGACAAGAAGAAGGAGGAGCCCAAGAAGGAGGAGAAGAAAGAAGAGGAGAAGAAAGAAGAGGCCAAGAAGGAAGAGAAGUGAGAGGAAGGGGUGGAUAGUCAAGCAGACCACUGGGGGGGUGUGUGUCCUGGGAGCAGGGGGGGUGUGGCGUGGGAUGGAGGGGUGGGGGGUGGGGGGGUGGAGAUGGAGAUGGAUGGUGUGGGAGGGUGGGGGUGGCGCAUAAGCAAGAAUGGGGAGGAGUUAGAGGGGUAGAUUACAAAAUUAUCACACCGCUGUCAGUCUUUCAUCUCUUCAGCUUCACCCUCUUCAGUCCACAGUGGCAGUGAUUACUCAGGCCUGGCUCCGCCCGCCCCCACCUCCACCUCCCACAUCAUUUUCUGGCCUUUAUCUAGAAUUAUUAAAAAUUCCAAUCACUUGCACCGCCUUGUCAGCUCCAAACUUUUCUCUUUGCCUCACAAGAUCAAGAAAUUCUACUCUGAGUUACAGAGAGAAGGGAGCCGUGGAGGACUGUGGGUAGGGUCCAGGCUUGGGGGCAAAUUACUGUCUCCUUGACAACCAUUAAUCCCCGCUAGCACUCACAGGCCCCACCCUCAACCCCUGUGCCCCUUCGCACCUCAACUCCCACUGUGCUAAAUUGUUCUGCUCUGACUUCCACCUGUCACCCUCCCCACCCCCCACCCCCCUAAGUCUCCCCUCACUGUGCUGAGUCCCCCACCCACCCACACCACCAACCCCCCCCCAACCUCCCCCCAACCGGCGGGCCGGACCCACAGACGGGCACAAAAGACAGGCAGACAAACGAAGAACCACACCCACCCACACGUUGCUCUCUUAGUGUCCAACGCUCAUAGUUAUGUCACUGAGAAUGAGUCAGAGAUGCCUGUGAUUGGCUCCUGCACCCCACCUCCCCUGGAGAUAUUUGCAUCAUAGUUUUGAUCAUGAUGUUUAGACAAUGGUAUUAAUGCUGCAAAGCGUUGGUUAGGUUUUAUGCAGCUCCUAUCAUAGCUCAUAUCAAUAUUCGUCAGUGGCGGGGAGAAACAGCUCCAUAAUGCAUGCAUUCCCACCAAAUUUCAGCACAGUUAAUACAGUGGCUGCAGUUUUGCACUUGCCUGAAUAUGAAUUUCCCUCAUAAUGAGCCUUUCUGUGCAGUGUUGAAUAGGGAGGCAGAAAUCAUUGCUCAGCUUCCUUCUCCUUAGUUACAGAUUUUUCUAGCUGACCAACUGUUGGCAAGAAGUGCACAGUGCCAAUUAAGAGAGAAUUUGUUUCUGUUCAAACAAGCCACAAACGCACACACACACUCACACUCACACACACAAACAUACACACUCUGAAUGUGAUGAAUGAGGCACUGUCAUGCUGAGACAGUGAAGCGUCUGAAAUGAGCAAGUUAAGAAGGUGAAUACCAGUUCUUUUUUUCCUGGGGAUCAGCCUUUUUUCCCUCUCUCCUCACUGAUCCUCCUCGAGGCAUUCCAUGGCAUUCUGCUCCUUUCACGGCGGCCGCUCGCCUGUCGAUCACCCUGACCUGAGAGAGAGGAGAAUUCAAUUCAAGCUGGCGUCCAUACUUUGCCUCCCCUCCUUCUCUCUACUCUCUCUCUCUCCCUCCUCUUUCCAUUUCCCUCUCUAUGGUCGGCAUAGCAACAGGCGUCAGGCUCGUCAGAGAUGGCACUGUGGUCUGUUUCUCUGACUCCCUCUCCCUGUGUCUCUCUUUUUCUGCCUUCCUAACUCUGUAUUUGCCAACAGUAGGAGAUGUGGACCAAUAUGUCCACAGGUGUACAGCGCAUGAAGAAUCUCAGAUGAUUAAAUGAGAAGGUCAGGCAGAUUUUAAGGUUGUUAGUGUUGUGCCACCAAACUAUUUUUUUUUUUUCAGACUGCUCUGAAAUUUUAAUCGAGUAUUGACAAUGCGUGCCGUUAGUAGUAUGCUGGCUGAAACAGCACACCACUCCCCCUAAUGGCCAGCAUGAAUUUUGCCUGGCUGGUGUCAUAUUAGAAGUCUACAAGUAUAAUCCUUAGCGUCUCAUUGCAAAUCCCACUGGGUGGACUCUAAAUCUUUAAUGUAGGUGCAAUCUUCCUUUAACCUUAGACAUUAAUCUGCCUGCCCUGCCCUGCCCUGCCUGUCUGUGAGCCUGGCCUCAGUGUUGAGACUCAGAUGGUGACUAGUGACUUUGUAUAAAACAAAAACAAAAUGUUUUAAAAAAAAAAAAGAAAGAAAAAAGUUGUUGUGUUAGCAUGAGUGGCCUCCCUCAUGUGCUGUGUGUGGUGUGCCAUUGUGUGUGAAGAUGUGUGUGUCCUCAGGUCGUUUGUCAGGUUUUAAAAGCACCACCCUCCUACCCCACCUGCGACUCCCCCCCUCCCUCCCCCCACUACUCUGCUACAGUAUUAUGUAGCUCCAACCCAUCUCCUCCCUUCUUACUCUAUCUCUUUCCCUGUCUGAUAAGAGGCCUGUGUUAUGAGGACAGUUGGUAUUAGUAUUUUGCACUCUGCUCGCUGAUCUUAAUGCACUUAUAAGCAUGGCAGUCGCACUCCAGUCCCACGCAGGCUUUGAUUCUGCUCCAGGUUUGCAGCCUGUUUCCCAUCAUCCACUCCCAGUGUAUCUGCUGAGGCUCACUGAAUGCACAGGUGGCACACGCACACACACACACACACACACACACCACACACACACACACACACACACAGACACUCACAUAGAAACACACAUACACUCAUGUAAAGGUCCCCCUCAUUUUCAGCUUGCCAGUCCCUGUCCAGGUCAACUUCUCCUGGGUGGCAGCUAAAAUCAAAGCAUUCAUCCAUCCUUGACUGUGGGAAGUAAAAUAUGGAGCAGGGGCAGAGUAAACUGGGCUGGAGUGCGACCGCCACGCUGGUGUGGGGAGUGACUGUGUCCUGUCAGCCUCUGGUUAGUGUUCUGUUCUAAUCUGCUGGGCUCCCUUUGUGAACCUGUGGACGGUGCUUCUGUUCCGAGUGCCAUGUGAGAAACAAAUGCUUCAGUAAAAAAAAAAAAAGAAAAAAAAGGAUGUUUUACUUAAUAUGUUAUUUUAAUUUACCUUUAUAUUUUUGUUCAUUUGUUUGUUUUGUUAUCCAAGGGUUUAAAGUUCAAAGCUCAUACUCUUUAUGUGGGGACCUGCCAGCCUGCACUCCUUUUAAAUGUGAUAAAGUCUUUUCUGUUGGUCUGAACCAUGUGUGCCAAAUUGUAUGUAUAUUCCUCUGUCAAUGCUUUGAAUAUUAACAGUGCAUAAAAAAAUAUGAAGAAAAUUCUGUUUUUGGAUGCAUUUCCGUCAACUUUGAAGAAAAAUGAAAACACGAAAGAGUUGUCACGUGUCUCAGAUUUGUAUCCCAAAUGCUCACGGGUGCUGACAUAAUUUUUUGCUGCAAUUUACAAAAGGUUUAACACAAUUUGUAGUUUUCGAUUGGUCGGAGUCUUGCUCAAGCGUAGGCCUGCACUGUGCCUCUCUCCUUGCACACAGCUUACCUCAGUCCGAGGCGCCUCCCUCCAUAUUUAUGUCCUUUUCACUGUGUUUUACCAGCUCUUACAUCGUGUCGACCACAACAGGUUGAUUCCUCCUACAUGUUUACAACCAUACUGUCAGUAUCACAGUGAAAAGGAACUGGACAAGGUGCAUGUAAGGUUCAAAACUCCACCAAAAGACAUAGAGAUUCACAGAAAUUGCUAAAUUCCUCCAAAUCCAAAGCUCCGUGGUGUUCCUCUCUAUGGAUUUCUGUUACUUUCAGUUUGUUUCCAAAUGGCUUGUAUAGCAAGUGAGGGAGCAGAUGUUUUCACACAGCUGCGCAGGGAUGCCAGUACUGUAACACAGCUGCACAAAACCUCCAGCUCAUUGGCUGAUCAUAGCUCAGCCCUGGCCUGCCCCAGACACAACAUUUCCGCUUUAUCAGCUGAUCUCAGUUCACCCAAGGAUUAUUAAGAGUCGUUCCUCUUUUCCUGUGCUGCAUCCGCAGAGCUUCUUGGCCAGUGCAACAGUUGCAGUCCAGCAGCAGCAGCCAGCUAGCCAAAUCUCCCUCUCCAUAUCACCCCCUUCUCUCUCCAUUCACAUUCAUAGGAAAUAAAACACUACUCUGACAUCUGGAAUUUGAAAUUGCAUGCAUUCAUCGGCAUGUGGAAAACAGAUUAUAAUUUUUUUUUCUUUCAACAUUUUCCGCUUGGUUCUUUUGAGCUAAGAUGCCUUUGAGAUGAACUCAAUCAGUGGGGCGGGUGUUUCAUGUCUGGGGUUUGGGGUUCGACUGGAUCUGUUGGUUAAACUCAAGCCCACCCCCUUUCUACUUUGGCCUGCCGCCUGAGAGCUUUUCCACCAUGGUGAAGCUGCGAUGUAUGUCAUCUUGAAAUGGUUUCCCCAGUCAUUCCAGACACUUAUGCAAGAGUACUUAGCAACUCAGAGAUGCACAGGAGAAAAACAGUGUUUCAAAGUAAAAAUACACAAGUGGUAAUUUUCUCAACAUUUGCAGUUCUAGAUUUGAUAUUACUAAUUAGCACUCGUAGUUUUAGGUUUAAAAAAUGCACUAAGACAAUGAGUGUAGUAUUUCCAAUAGUUACUCUUCUGUCUGUCUUGGCUUGUGUAGCUGAAGUCCCUCACAGGCACCCACCGUUCAGCUUUGAGGUGAAUUUCUUUCUCUUUUAUAUGGUUUCUCAGGUCAUUCCAAACAGCAGUUUUCCUCAUGUAAGAAACCACUUCAUUUUGCAUCUAGAAACAAACAAGACAUCGUUCUGUUUUGUUGAGUUCACUGCACAAACUGUCACGCUGAUCUUUCCUUCACAUCAUCCAUGUUUGAUGUAAGCUUUAGUAUUGCGAGUCAAAAAGGAGAGGCUCUGUCAGUGGGUCAUUUCCAAAUACAGAGGCCACUGUGUUAACUCAUCCACACUGAGAACCCAAACAACCACACCUGCCUGCAGCUACUGUUUCCUUUGCAGUCAUGUUAAAGGUAUUGCAAUGCAGCAACAUCACAGCAACAUUGCAGAGAUGCUAAGAAAGUACAACCUGGCUGGGCUUGUCAUGUACAGUACUAGGAUGCAUGUUUAGUCGACCAGAAAAUAAGGCAUGUGUUUAUGUACAGCUAGCCGUCUCUUUCCACAUUAGUUUAGUAGUCAUGUAGUGGUGUGGUGUCAGGGAGGGGAAUGCCCUUCUAGUUGUAUCAAGUUGCCAACUGAAGCCAAUCCACUGCCCCCUCUGUGCUACCUGACUCCCUGUCCUUACCUUCAGCAUGGGCACUGUCAUGGCCAGCUGGUACAUUCAUGAUACACCUGAACCUAUCUCUGGGAAUGCUUCAGAAACACUUCACAUCCAUCCCGCUACACACCUCCUGUUAGAGUUCAGCCACCACUGGUAAUUUUCUACAAGGCAUACCCAACAGGUUGAUUUCUAAGCUAGCACUCCUCUACACUGUCCUUCGUUGUGUUGUUUUUUUUUCCUGGUUGCAAACACUUCUUCUCGUCUCGACUUUGUUU